CGCAAACGCUUUUAAAAGUUACCUCCCCUUUUCUUUUUGACAGAUUAAAUGUGAAUCGAUUGCACAUUUCAGAAAUUGACUUUGGUUCAUCUUAGAAGCAUUGUCAAAAUUUCUUUUGUAACAGGUACAUUAUAAUAGAGAUGUCAGACCCAGUAGAUCCCCAACAUGUCACAGAAUUGCUGGAAGAGGAAACAGAAGAAGAGAAGCAAUUUCAAGAACAACUGACACGUCAGCACUCUAACAGUCUCUCUCCAGGUACAGUGAGUGGAUUGCGUCAUUCCGCUACAACUGACACUCUUGAUUCUGUGUACCUGGAUCCACCUGCUGUGGAACAAGAUUUAGAACUAGAACUUUCAACAGAAGAUCUUAAUGUUGAGAAAGUGCAAGCAACAGCAGAGAAGGGUGAGGAUGCAGAACCACAAACCACAGUUCAGGGAGAAGUCAAUGUUCUUGAUCAGAAAGAAGUCACUGAUGUUGAUCAGAAAGGUGAUGUGAAGACUGUUGAGGAUAAUGAAACAGAUAAAACUAGUGAUGAGAUUGUUCCUGGUGGUUCACAUCAAGUUGAAGAAGUUGCAGUCAAAGAAAGAGAGUUAGAAGAGAAACAACAAGACUCACCACCAUCACUUAGUAAAUAUUUUGGAAAAGAAACAAGUCCGGAUGAUCCUUUUGCAACCGAUAUAUUUGAUACCCUUGGUGAAACACAAGCAGUAAAAGCAUCUGAAGAUGACUAUAUACAAUUCCAGGCAAAUACUGACAUAGACACUGGUGAUGUAAAGGAGGAAUUGGGAGAUGAAAUGACAAAUUUAACUUUAGAUGACUCUAAAGAUUUCUUAGAUGAAAAUACAGAAGAUGAGUCAAAAGAAAAAACUUCUAACAAUAAUCAUAGAAGGAGUGAAGAAUUAAAUGUAGAUUUUGACUUAGCUUUAGAUAACAAUGAACCAGUUGAAACUCCAGUGGACAUAGAAGAAAAGGAUGAUUUUGAAUCAUUUACAGCAUAUGCUGCAGACACUGAGGCUUUAGAUGCUCUAGGAAUGUCACCAGCUGCACCGUCCUUCAUGACAGAUAAAAAUAUUUCUGACUACUUUAGACAGACCAGUCAAGCUGAUAGUGUGCAUUCACUGGGCAUCGGUCGACAGCUGUCAGUUUCAAGUGGACGAUCUUCAAGUUUUGGUCCUGGAACUGUAGCAGAAUCUGUAGAGGAAAGUUCAGAUAAUGGUGUAAUUCAGCCAGGUUCCAUUCCCGCGCAUGUUGAUAUGUCAGAAUCUUCUCUUCCUGCUCCAGACAUGACACAGGCCAAAACGUUGAAUAAAGAAGUGGAGUCAAAGGUGACAGGGUCAGUAGAGAGCACACCAGUACACCAACCUGUAUUCCCCCCAUCAACAACAUUGUCCCCUGUUGAUAGUCCUGUACAUCAACCAUCAUUUAAUAGGACACCAGAACAACAGCCGUCAACAACAAGCAUUCCGACCAGUCCUGAGCAUUUAGUGACAGCAUUCCAAAAUGUUGCAGACACAGGUGAAGAUAUGUUCUCUAUAGGUUUACAGAUGAGUGAUUCAGACAGACAACAUGAUGCUUGGUUACCAUCAGAAGCUACAAAGAAUAUUCUUAUUGCCAUGGCAACCCAUGCACCAGGAACUUAUUUCCCUGAUACAGAGUUACUCUGUUCCCCGUCACUUGUUAUUGUUGAAUCACAGGGUGAUCCAGUGAGGGAUUUGGUGUACAGGUAUAUGGGAGAACAGGAAGCAUUGAAAAGACAAAUUCUCACAGCUAAUAAGGUUACUCAAGAUGCUGACGGACUUAAAAAACUAAUGGCAAGUGGUUGUUACAGAUCAGCUAUAGACUUAACUGGGAAGUUACUGGCUGAUAUUGGACAGGCAGAAGCUGGAGAAAAACCAACAUUACACACACCAGAAACAUUACAGCUAUGGCAUUGUAGGUUCAGUCUGAUGAUAAAGUUACGUAUGUACAGUGUGCUAGAGUCUGAGUUUAUGGCAUUUAAAAAUCUCGAUACACCAGACAUUUACUACGAGUUCUAUCCACAACAGUUCCCUGGAAAGAGAGGAUCAAUGGUAUCAUUUGGUAUGAGACUUCUACAUGCAGAGUUACCCCACCACCUUGGUAGAUCAACAGAGACUCUUGACAGGUUCUACUAUCUGUUGGCAAUUACUAAAAAGAUCAUAAAGAACCUAGAGGAAGGUCUAGCAGAGGAUGGCAGUGCAGUAACUAUUAGUGCUGAUAGUAGAAAAGCAUCACAAGAGCUAUGGGAAGAAAGGGAAAAGAGAGUCCUUUAUUUGAUAGCCAAUGUUUUAGUGUCCUUAAGAGAUUAUGAUGCAGCGCUAAGUUUAUAUGAAACUUUAAUGGAAAAAGAUAGAGCACAUAAAACAGCUUUGCUUAGUGGGCUUGGCAGAAUUCAUCUUCAGAUUGGAAAUAUGAGUAAGGCAGCAGAGUAUUUCCGCCAAGUUCAGUCAGCCAGUGAUGCUAGUAACGGCAUGAAAGCAACGUUAUAUAUGAACAAAGGAUUUGAAGCCAUGUGUCAGAAUAAUUUCAAUGAAGCUUACCAAAACUUCCGUCAAGCAGUUGAAGCAGAUCCAUCUAAUACUUCUGCUGUGAACAACAUGGCAGUUUGUUGUCUAUACCUAGGUCGAUUGAGUGAUGCCCUCAAGUCCCUGGAGGCACUUGUGCAUAGUAAUCCAGAUAAAAACUUACAUGAGGGAAUAUUGUUUAACCUGUGUACAUUGUAUGAACUAGAAUCUUCAAGAGCCUUACACAAGAAACAGGCUUUACUGGACUUAGUUAGUAAACAUAAAGGGGACGGAUUUCCUGUAGUUUGUUUGAAAAUGGCGUGAGGCUAACAAGUAUUCAUUUUUAUCGCCAGGUUUAGGGACCAGUACGUUUUAGUAUGGAAGGACAAAAGUUGAAGUCUUUUGUUUAGAUCAGGACUAUUUAUUUGUAAAAAUAAAAUCACUUACAAAACAUAGCACAUAACAAUUUAUUCAAGCUGAGGUAACAACCACACAUUGUCAUAUGACGCUAGUGCUGAUUUUUCCAGAAUGCUGACAUGAGUGUGGUUCAAAUUGGCUCUAAGUUUUCAUCACAACUAAAAAAUAAAUUAGUAUAAACUAAAGAUCAAGUAUUGAUUCAAUAUUUACUCAAUUUUCAUGUGAUUAUUUUAUAGGUCGUGUUUUGUAAAGUUGUGACGUACAUACAUACAUUGUAUUUGCACAGAUAAAAAGUCUGCAUUUUGUAACAUUAAAAAGUCCCCGUGGGCCUGGUAAAAUGUAACUGUAGUUUAUAAAUCAACACGUUUUUAUGUAGUAAAUGAUAAACAAAUGCUGUCUUUAAGGGACCGCUCUUAUCCAUGAAAACCAUCUUGUGUUGAAGUCUUCAGUUGUUACUACAUUUUCCAUCACAACCUGAAAGAUUGAAGAAAAAAUUGUUGAACUUGAUUAAUUCAUUGCUAAGAUGACUUUUUUUGAUGUUUGCAAAAUAUUGUCUUUGAUUUCAUUUUAUUUGAACAAUUUCCCUGAUUUUGCAAACCCAUUAUGUUUACAUGUUCAGAACCUGACAGGUCCUCAAAGGACACCAUAACUAACUUUUUUUCCCAAUAAGCACAUGCAAACAUUCAAAACUGUACAAAAUAAUAUUUUUUUUAAACAUAAAUUUGCAAAAUUAUCAAGAUACCACUGGUAUCUCUUGAUUUAUGAAAAUCAUGUGAUAAUUUAAGAUGUAAAUUUGUCUUUUAACAUAGUGACUUCAUAGUCCAGUUUUUAAUAUGAACAUAAUAAUUAUGUUGGAAAAAUUUUCUGUUAAGAAUUUAAGGAAGUGCAAUAUGUUAUUAUAUACUGAACAGUUUCAGAUAACUGUAUACAUGUACUGUGUAUUUAUUUGUUGUCAAUUUGCCAUGCUCAAAAUUAGACACAAUAAAGAAGGAAUAAAACAAA